AUGGCACCUGUCAACGGCUCCAGUUCCAACGGAAGCAACGGACACAGGACGUCCAGAACACCUCUCCGCCAUGGUAUAUACUCCCCAGUCAUGACCUUCUUCGACCCCGAGACAGAAGACCUCGACAUUCCCUCCAUCCGUAAACAUGCCGUCCGCCUCGCCGACGCUGGUCUUGUCGGCAUCGUAACCAUGGGCUCAAACGGCGAAGCGGUCCACCUAACCCGCGCCGAAAAGAGCACCGUGACGCGCGAAACACGCUCCGCCCUCGACGAAGCCGGCUACCAGAACGUCCCCGUCAUCGUCGGCGCCAGCGAAAACAGCAUCCGCGGCACCAUCGAGCUGUGCAAAGAAUCCGAGGCCGCGGGCGGCGAAUACGUGCUCAUUGUGCCGCCGAGCUACUACCGGUACGCCAUGGACGAGGCCGCGCUGUACGAGUACUACACCUCUGUCGCCGACGGGUCACCGCUGCCGAUUAUUCUAUACAACUACCCUGGCGCAGUGGCUGGCAUUGAUAUGGACAGUGAUUUCAUCAUUAAGCUGACUAAACACCCCAAUAUCGUUGGCACGAAGUUCACGUGCGGCAGCACGGGGAAGCUAACGCGCGUGGCGCUCGCUACGAAUGCAUGCUCGCCCAAGAGUGAGGGCAGCGGAUACAUGGCCUUCGGCGGCAUUGCAGACUUCACGGCACAGACGGCCGCGAGUGGCGGGUCGGGCAUCAUCGCCGGCGGUGCGAACGUCAUACCGAAGACGUGCGUGAAGGUAUGGAAUCUGUGGGCGGAAGGGAAAUAUGAGGAGGCCAUUGAGCUGCAGAAGGUAUUGAGUAAGGGGGAUUGGGUGCUCACGAAGGCGGCUAUCCCGGGUACGAAAGCGGCUAUAGAGAGCUACUACGGCUAUGGUGGAUAUCCGAGACGGCCGCUUAAGAGGUUGAGUAAGGAGCAGGUGGAGGCUGUUAAGGAGGGGAUUAGGGAGGUUAUGGAGGUGGAGAAGAGCUUAUGA